AUGGAUGCCCAGUAUCCUUUUGCGUCCCGAGAAGAUAUCUGGCGCGUGUUUGAAGAGGUAAAGGAUCUUUACGCCACGCAACUCGAGCACGGGGAGCGGAUUGCAAGACUGGAGCGGCGAAGGGAUGAGGAUGCGAGGCUGAGGAGUGUCUGGGGCCUAUUAUCUCCUUUCCCUAGCGCUAUCGGUGGCCCUCUACAGACAGAGCCAUCGUAUACUCCUACCGUGGACGCCUUCAAGGGAUUCGACCAAGGGCAGCAGCACGGACUGAUCAACAACAUGAGCCUGGAUAGCGAGGAUGAGCCAAGGCGGGGUGCUUCGAGAGCGAAUAGCGUUCGAUUCGAUGAAAGCGCGAUACACGGAUACUAUGGGCAAGUCAACCGAUCCACCAGCGAGCUCCCCUUGAGGACGGGCAGCGGCAUGAGCAGCCAUCCCCUGACGGAAAGAUCCCUCUCACAUCGAUCCGAUGGCAGGCAGAGUUCUUCCGGGCAUUCUCACCACUCUGCGCGAACAAAUAGCCUGGGUCUGGAUGCCGCCAGGCUGGUUGGAUCGUCCAGCGCGUCUCCGUUGAACACUACCAUUCCUCCCCCUGGGCUCUUUCUGCUGGGGCCGGUACCCUGUAUCAUACGCUGCUGGUUGACAACCAACUUCUCAAAUGACACCCUGCUUUAUGCUGUGGUCUGUUCAGGCUCGUAUACGUCGUUUCUCUGCUAUCCCUUGAUCGAGAAACUGGGCUUGGAAGAACACAUUGCCGUCGAGGAUGGCGUGCGGUGUAUCAAGUUGCCCUUAUAUCUCCCCGAAGCGAGCAUCCAUCAGACGUCCUCCCGUGCGGGCAGUCCAACCCCACAGCUGCCCACGUUGACCAUUCGGUUCGUCGUGCGCGAUGUAGAUCCCAACGAUAAGUGUAUUCAGAUAUUCAUUGGAAGCGACGUCCUCCGCUCCCACAACGCCGAUAUAAUGUUCUCUCAAGACAGGAUCAUCAUGGUUGACGACGAAAGGAAUAAAGUUUCCAUACCGCUCGUUAGACCUGAAAAUGACGCCGUUUUCAAGACUCUGUCCACUGCCUCGGAAACGUCCCGUCCUGACUACUCCAGCAGACGCAAUGGCAAUGAGGAGCGGCCGAUCAACGGACAUGGCUCCGUAGGAGUGAUCGGGCCACCUACCUCUAACCCGCCGCAAGAAGCGACACCGGCUUCUCCCGCAAAGACGACCACAGAAUCUGAGGGGCCUGACGGUCACAAUAGGGAUCGAUCGGCGCCAUCCGAAGACGAGCCUUUGGAGCCUCACCUACAGAGCGUGGAGACGAAAUCACCUGAAGAGCAUGAAACUGUUCCUGCAGAGUCCGUUCCUGCAGCUCCGGCGAAAACGGAGCCCGCUGGCGUAUGGGGUUCUUGGCGGCGCGACUCGAAGGCUGAUCAAAGCGCGAUUGGGAUGGCCAAGUCGACGCGUGGUCGAGCCAUGAAGGUGUUGCGGCCGUCCAAGUCCUCUUCCCGGGUGGCUUCGAGCACAUCCCAAAGCGCGGGCGCGGGUGCGGAAUCGGGGUCGUCGCAGGCGGGUGAUGCUGGCCGUCCAGCGUCACAGUCGUCGCCUGCCAGUGGCCCUGAGAUCGUCCAUCCGACUCCAAGCCGGACGACGAGCUUCAAAGCAGGAGAUGGCCCAUGGUCCAAAUCGCGGACCAACAACCCCGUGGGAGGUGCUUCUGCCUUUGGGUGGCUGAACUCAACCCAGCCGUCCAAGCCUGCUGCAACAAGUGAGUAG